CUAUCUCCAACCGUCUAACAGUCUACGACGAACAAACUGACAAGUCGCUUAGGGCUUAGGUGAUGGCGACAGCGGAUCAGAGCCGAAAGUGCAGUUUACUGCCUAACCGCAGCGUGGACGCUCGGCUCGUAGAUUGUGGUUGAUGCUGAGCGAAAAUAUAUGGCAGUCAACAUAACUGUUAAUGGCGCGUUGAAACGAGCAUACGUACCGUUACAUUCUUUAUAGAGCCACAACAGACGCGGUGCGCAAUUAAUUGCAAAGUGUUGUGAAUUUAAUUAAAAACUUUCAUAAGUUUCAAGUGAAAGCGAACAACAAGUAGAAUAAGUGUAAGAAAGUCUACGACGGCGAACAGCGCACAGUCUGUUGCACAUAUUUGCGAAAAGAAUAUCGUCUAAGCGGACAAAUUCGUAGCGUCCAAUAAGAGAGUAAUACAAAUCAGCCGAGUGAAAGCCACAAAUGGCCGGCAAAGCGGUCGUGUAAUCGAAUAUCAAAAUUGCUAAUGAGAAAUCGUGAAAUAAGCGCCUAAGUCGCAUGAUUCCCGCGCACACCCGCCAGCCGCGUCAGCACCACCACUUCAAUAGACCACCAGCGCCGUCGCCGCCGCCGCUAUGGUUAUCGCGGACUCACCGCGUGCCGCGCAAAAAUAUCUGCGUCGCGUCUCGAAAGAUUUUUCGACAGUGCGCCGUUUCAGUUCAGCGCCACAACGUACUGUAACCCCGCCACCAGCACCUCAGCCGUCCAGAAAAUACCUCUCACCAGACGACGCACAGUCAGCUUCCUUUGAAGCGUGUGAUUUUAAUGACGUCACUAUCGGCAAAACCGAAUCCUUUCGCGGCAUACGACGGCGUCAUUAUGCACGCAAACGUUCCUCCGUCUCAUCGACGCUCACGCGUGUGCUCAUACUGAAUGUGCGUGAUUUGCUGAAAGUGGCCGAUAUGCGGGACAAGCAGAACGAGCAUACACCUCGCAGCUGGAUUGAGACAAAUUUUCAAAAGAGAGAAUGCAUCAAAUUCAUACCAUGCCCCAAAGACGAGACUAGAUGUUGUUGCGGUCAGUCACGUCAAACCCAUCAAACGAUACCGGGCAUCGAAGGUGGCUCGCCCGGUGACAAUUGGCUGCCACAGAAGCACACCAGAGCACAACCCACCGAUGCAUAUGGUACAAUUGAAUUUCAAGGCGGUGCACAUCCGACCAAAGCACAGUAUGUGCGCCUGUCCUUCGAUACACGCCCGGAAUUGUUGGUGCAGCUGUUUACCAAAGAAUGGAAUUUGGAAUUACCGAAACUUUUGAUUACAGUACAAGGUGGCAAAGCGAAUUUCGAACUGCAACCAAAGCUGAAAAAGGAAAUUCGUAAAGGCCUUUUGAAAGCGGCGAAGACGACGGGAGCAUGGAUAUUCACAGGCGGUACAAAUACAGGCGUUACGAAGCAGGUGGGCGAUGCGUUGCUGCUCGAGGGUCAACAGCGGAGUGGCCGUGUCGUCAGUAUCGGUAUUGCACCCUGGGGUAUAGUGGAGCGUAAUCAUGAACUUUUGGGGCAUAAUCGAGAGGUGCCCUGUCACAGCAUAAGCUCACCGAGGUCCAAAUUAGCUGUGCUGAAUAAUCGUCAUGCCUACUUCCUGCUGGUUGAUAACGGUACACAGGCAAAAUAUGGCGCUGAGUUGAUAUUGCGACGAAAAUUGGAGAAAUUUAUAUCGAACUUGAAGCUACAUCCAUUUACACAUUCCAGCACACCGGUCGUCUGCUUGGUUAUCGAGGGUGGCACAAAUACGGUACGUGCCGUGCUUGAGUACGUGACGGACACGCCGCCAGUGCCGGUGGUGAUAUGCGAUGGCUCGGGUCGUGCAGCCGAUUUGAUAGCGUUUGUGCACAAAUACGCCUCCGAUGGUGAGGAGCAGCCGGUGCUCGAGUCUAUGCGUGACUACUUAAUUACAACAAUACAAAAAACUUUCGAAGUCGGAUUCGACCAAGCCGAAAAACUUUAUCAAGAACUUUUGCAAUGCACACGAAAUAAAAAUUUGAUAACCGUUUUUCGCAUACAAGAGAAGCCCGAAGGCGAGGCACAGGAAUUAGAUCAGACGAUAUUAACGGCGCUCUUUAAAUCACAACACUUGAGUCCACCGGAACAGUUGAGUUUGGCAUUGACAUGGAAUCGCGUUGACAUCGCUCGCAGUGAAAUUUUCGUCUACGGCCAGGAAUGGCCGCAUGGCGCUCUGGAUGAAGCGAUGAUGCAGGCGCUCGAACACGACAGAAUCGAUUUUGUGAAAUUACUUUUGGAGAAUGGCGUUUCAAUGAAGAAAUUUUUGACAAUACCCCGCCUUGAGGAAUUGUAUAAUACAAAACAUGGUCCAGCCAAUACUUUAGGUUAUAUUUUACGCGACGUACGUCCACACAUACCAAAGGGAUACGUCUACACACUACACGAUAUGGGUUUAGUUAUUAAUAAAUUAAUGGGUGGCGCGUAUCGCUCAUAUUAUACACGCCGAAAAUUUCGUCCGAUCUACGCCAAAGUAAUGAACAGUUAUGCCAAUGCACACCGCAAAUCCUCAACAUAUCAACGCUAUGCUGGCGCAAAUUCCUUGAGUUUGGUCACCGGAUUGCUGCCAUUCACAACGGAAAUGGCACUUUUCGAAUUUCCUUUCAACGAAUUGUUGAUUUGGGCUGUGCUUACGAAGCGUCAACAAAUGGCGUUGCUUAUGUGGACGCACGGCGAGGAGGCGUUGGCGAAAUCCCUGGUGGCCUGUAAACUCUACAAGGCCAUGGCACACGAGGCCGCCGAGGAUGAUUUAGACACGGAAAUUUAUGAUGAAUUGCGUGCAUAUGCGAAGGAAUUCGAAAGCAAAGGUAUUAAACUAUUGGACUUCAGCUAUCGAACUGAUGCGGAGAAGGCUCAACGACUACUCACUUGUGAGCUGCACUCAUGGUCGAACCAAAGUUGCCUUUCGCUGGCGGUGGCCGCCAAUCAUCGUGCACUCUUGGCGCAUCCGAGCAGUCAAGUUAUACUGGCCGAUUUGUGGAUGGGCGGCUUGCGAACGCGCAAAAAUACAAAUAUUAAGGUCAUCUUAGGUCUUUUGAUACCUAUUUAUAUCAGACAUUUGGAUUUCAAAUCCAAAGAAGAGCUACAACAAAUGCCACAAACCGAAGAGGAGCAUCUGGAGAAUCAGAAUUUGGACAACGACGAUUCGGAUCGUUCCCAACCCGACGCCGAGAACGCGCUAACCAAAGCGAAACGAUCCAUUUCGUUCAAAUGUAGGAUGAGCAGUAACAAUAAUCCAGACAAGGCACUUUUGGCGGACACAUACUCCCUACGUGAUACCAAAGUACAAGAGAAUGGAAAAGUUUCACUCACCGAUUCCGAUCCUUCACAGUUCCGUGAUAUUUUUAAUUUGGGCGAUUAUGAGCUGAAGCAGCAUCAGCCGCUACGUUUGAAGAAGAAAUUCUAUGAAUUUUAUACCGCACCAAUUACGAAGUUCUGGGCAGAUUCGAUUGCCUACAUGUUUUUUCUAUUCAUGUUCACCUACACCGUGUUAGUGAAGAUGGGCCCGACGCCGCGUUGGCAGGAAGUCUACUCAAUCGCAUACAUAGCCACCUUGGGUUUUGAGAAAAUACGUGAAAUCAUCUCUUCGGAGCCGGUGGCCAUAACCCAUAAAUUUGCGGUCUGGGCCUGGAAUAUGUGGAAUCCCUGCGAUGCAGCUGCUAUUAUCUUGUUCCUGAUCGGUUUAUCGCUGCGCUUUCGACCCAACACAAUGGAUAUCGGUCGCGUGAUUUACUGUGUGGAUAGUAUUUAUUGGUAUUUGCGAAUACUCAAUAUUUUGGGUGUAAACAAGUAUUUGGGUCCGUUGGUCACUAUGAUGGGUAAAAUGGUUAAAAACAUGAUUUAUUUCGUGGUGCUCUUGGCUGUGGUGCUAAUGAGUUUCGGCGUCAGUCGUCAGGCCAUACGGCAUCCGGGCAAUGAGCCAACUUGGGGUUUAAUUAAAGAGGUUUAUUAUCAGCCGUACUUCAUGUUGUAUGGUGAAGUGUUCGCCGAUGAUAUUGAUCCACCAUGCGGUGAGGAGCCACAUCAGAAGCCAUGUCCCACUGGCCACUGGGUGACACCGAUCAUAAUGGCAAUGUACCUGUUGAUUGCCAACAUUCUGCUAAUUAAUCUACUGAUUGCCGUCUUCAAUAACAUUUUCAACGAAGUAAACUCGGUUUCACAUCAGGUUUGGAUGUUUCAACGCUUCACCGUCGUCAUGGAGUACCAACAGAAGCCCGUGCUGCCGCCACCCUUCAUCGCGCUCUGCCAUUUCUACUCGCUGCUCAAGUAUUGUAUACGCAAAGCGAAAGGAUUGGAGGUACAACGUGACAAUGGCUUAAAAUUGUUCCUGGAAAAGGAUGAUAUGGAGCGUUUGUAUGACUUCGAAGAGGAGUGUGUGGAGGGUUUCUUCCACGAACAGGAAAUCAUAUUGAAUCAAUCGACUGAUGAACGUGUUAAGAACACAACCGAACGUGUUGAAAUAUUGGCACAAAAGAUCGAAGAUAUUAACCAAAAGGAGAAUGUGCAAACAGCCACUGUGCAGAGUAUCGAAUUUCGUCUGCGCAAAAUGGAAGAAUCCUCCGAACAAAUACUUUCACACUUGGCGGUCAUACAUCGUUUCAUGUCGAUGCACAUGCUUGAUGGUGUUGACUUACAAGCGUCCAAUAUGAAUUUAGCUACCGAUCUGCAGCGAGUACGAACGGUCUCGAUGUCGGAUAAUGAAGCACCGAUGCCACCACCAAAUUUACAGGUCAACAACCGUCGUCGCUUCAACCGUUCACUCACGGAGGUGCGUCCGGAUGCAUACAUUUUCGACGAAGGCACCCACUUCGAGGUGGUGCCAGUACCUGAAGAGCCCGACGAGCUAGUCAAGUCACGCGAGGCGCUCAACGAGCAUGUCGGCCGCAAAAUUUCCAUGCAAUCCGAAUCCGAUUCGGACGUUUACCUGCCCAUGUCGCAACGACCGUCCACCUGUGAAACUGUAAAGCGCACACCAUACGUCACCGUGCGCCAAGACACCGGCGCCAGCACCGAAAGUAAAGACACCCUAACGCCGCUGGGGGCUGACGACGAUCACACGCUGGUCGGUGAAAAUUCGGACGAAACCAAUCAGGAGCUCAAUUUCGAAGCCGCCAAGCGUCGUGCCAUGCGCCAACGCACCGUAUCGCUGUGUCGUCGCAACUCCGAAGCGUGCUCCAUCAUAGCUGCUGCCGAUAUUAACCGCUCACACAUAAGUCUGAAUCAGUUGCCGCUGUCACGUCGGCAAAUGAGUCUCACACAAUCUGAGCCGGAUAGUGACAAGGAGGCGAUUGGAGGGGGAAAAGCCACGUUGCAUGCGAAAUCUUCUAGAAAUAUUCUGCUGAAGUUUCAUACCGAGUACACUUCAAUUACUGAUGAAUUGGAGAGUGUUUGCCAUUUGAUUGCCUCGCCGACGGUCUCAUUGCCAAGUAAUAAAGCAUCACUGGAUCGUCCGACGGGUGAAAUGUCCAAGGCUGAGUUUGCUGCUCUGAUGGAGAAGCAGCAUUUAAAGGAAUGCGAGGAGAACGAUUACAUGAUGCUCGAAGGACUGUUUCAGGCACGUGCGUCCAUCGAUGACACCGACACUUCCUUCGGGACCGGUGCAUCAGCCGAGUUUAGUCAUCGCCAUCCACUACGUCGGGAGACAGCCAUCGAACUUUCGCCGUCCAAGCCGCCUUCCGGUGGUGGCGUGCUCGGCUGCGGCAACAGCAGCGACACAAGCGGAGCCGGCAGCGGAGGAGGAGGCGGCAUCACACCCGGUGUAUUUACGAGCUCAUCCACCGGACCAGCCGGUUUUCAAUUAAAGAACGAACGCCCAUGGCAACGCAACUCAUCAAUGGAACAGCAGCAGACAUAUCAAACGUCAGCGGGGCCAACGCGUGCCACCAGCGAAUUCCUCAAUGCGCCAUUCGAAAGCACCGGCAGGCUAUUUAAGAAAUCCAGCGAAAGCCUACAAAAGGGCUCUAGCACAGAGACCGACUAUUCAGCACAUCCAUAUCGUUUUAUUAAGCAAAGUUCAAACGACACAACCACCUCAAUGACCGGUUCCUACAACAUCGACACACCAUCGCUAGCGGCCGAGCUCUCUCUCGACACCGUCGACGUUAACACACAAACAACGGCGCAACAAACAACAACCAGCACAACUCUGACGGAAUGCAACGUCAGCAACAACGCCAGCAACACGGCAGCAGGCAAUGGCGGCAGCGCGAGCGACACCACCGCGCGUUAUCAGCCGCUGCGCACCGCCUCCAUGGGCGCUGGCGACCGCAAGCGCGAUGGAGCAGGCAAACGCGCCAGCGACACCAUUGAGUUGAGUGCCACAGCCGCAGCUGCGGCGGCGGUAAUAUCGCAGGUGCAGUCCGCGUUGCCGCGUGCCAUGCAGCUGAAGAAGCAGUUUAGCAUGGAUCAGUCGAACAAAACGCAGCCGCAGCAGCUGCAAUACGGCUCGCAUGUACAACACCAACAACAACAUCAGCAGCAGCACAAUGUGUUGCCGGCCACUACGUUGGCGGCAAGCGCUACAGCGACAGCGGCCAGCGUAUUGGCCGACAAGGCGAGCGCGAGCGGUGCUGUGCUGCCAGCGCUUGCUGUGCCAGCCAAAUUGUUGUCCUCACUCAAGCCGCCCGGCGGCAUCAAAACGCUCGGCAUGAACAUACUUAAGGAGAGCAGCUCCAGCACGGAGGAGUCGAAAGAGAGUGGCGGUGGCGGCGAACCAGCGCUCACCGGCGCGACUAUGCCGCAAAUAAGCACACACACGGUACAGGAUGAAAUCGCCAAGCUCUCGUCCAACAUUAAGUCCAGCACCGAAUCAGAGAAGGAUCCACCGUACAAUGAGACAAUGUGCUGAUCGGUAAAAGCCGAAAUCAAACGCCUACGGCAUACACAUAUACACAUAUACUACCUGUAAUGCAACAAAAGCGCGCGUGCGCAUUUAUAGGAACUAGCUACCUUAAUUAAUUGUUUGUGUUUUUAUUGUACAUAAAUAUGUAUGUGAUUCGACGUUGUUGAUUAGUGGUGUAGAGUGUUUAGCGAGCGUUUUGAAAAAAAUAGUAAUAUAUAUUUAUAUAUAUAUGUAUACAUGAAUUUAUAUAUAUGUUUGUAGUGUCAGCAGCAUAUUAAAUGAAAUAUCUAUAUGUAUACAAUUAAGCUGACGUUGAAAACUAGGUCUAGUAGCAAAUUAUGUAUGUAUUUGAGACCCUUUAAAGCAUGUUUAUAAACAUUUUCUUUUUUAAAUAAUAUAUAGUAUAUGGUAUAUAUGCAUAUAUCUAUGAAGUUUUAAAAUGUUUUUACAUGUAAGUUAGACGCGUGUGUGUGAUUGCUCAACUGCAUUAAAAAGAAAAAUCGCCGGAAAUUUCGAAGAGAGAGAGAGAGCUAUAACGAUUGUCAGUUUCAGCAGUGCAUACUUAAAUGCGCCGUUAUAUUUUAAUCCGCUUGGCUAAAAUUUGGUUUUUUUUUAUUAAAUUUUAUAGUUGUUUAUAUUAUAUUUUCGGCAAAUAUUAUGUAAAGCUAAAUUAAGCAACCCAAACAACUAUUUUGCCAUUUACCGUUAAAUAUCUAACUGUAUUUAUUACUAUUUGCAAUUCGCUUUUGCUCUUAAUACACCAAAAAAAAAAAAACGAAAACCGUUAAAUUUGUCGUAGUCUUAAGUGCUGCCAUUCGCAUUGUUAUUGUAUUGCCAAAACUUAGUUUUAAUUAAAAUAGUUAUAUUUAUAUAAAUAUAUAUGUACGAGAAUAUGUAUGCCACUGCGAUUGUAAGAAAUGUAUUAAAAAAACGCAUGCUCAAAAAUCUUUUUAUUUCGCUAUUUUUAUUGUUACUAUAUUAUUUGAAUAAGCAGCCGAAAAUUAUGUAAAACAGAUCUCUAGCUUCCUACACAAAUAAAUACUUACAUACAGCAGCAACAAAAAAAAGCAGACAACACUAUUAUAAUCUGUAGCAACAUGUUGCGAGUAUAUCAAAAACAUAAAAAUUAUUUAUAAAUGAUGUCGUCAGUUACUUAUGUAAGCAAAGCAAGAAAGCAAAUAAAAUUUUAUUUUUAAUUACACACAAAUUUAGCUGUGAAACGGUGCAAAGUUGCCACCUACACAUAAAAAAUAAGUUAUUGUAUUUGCUUUUCCUUAAGUACUUGGCUUUGUUGCAGCACAAAACCAAUAUUUUCGGCACACAUUUUUAUUGUACUUAUACUCAUGAUUUUAUUGCAUUUUUCUUUAAAUUUUCGCGCAAAUUUUUAAUAAACGCCUGUAUUAAGCGCUAUGAAAUUUUAUUGCAUUGUUUCUUUUAUUUAAAUACCUUAUAGGCUUACAUGUUUUGUGUUCAUUUGUUUGGAAAGAUAAUACUUUUUUAUAAUAUUCACUACUAACAGAGAAAUUUUGCAAUUUACUGUGUGUUAGUUAGUUAAGUGUGUGAGGGUAAGCUGUUUAACACAAAAAGAUAAUAAGAACCAGGUAGUUAGACUAUACUAGAAACGAAUGCUAAGAAUUGCAGAAUUUGAAAAUUUUUGAGUGGUUCAUCAAUCUAAUAACACUAUUAUGUAAGGCGACUAGUCAUUGCUACUAUCAUUAUUUUGUGCCUCGUAUGGCUACUAAUUCUAGUAUACUCGUAAAUGCCAAUAACAUCUCUGAGUUUAAAUUUUUGAGCAGCGUUGUUAAAAGUAUUGCUUUAUUACUAAAAUAAUUGAUUAAAUUAUCAAUAGAUAUUGUAAAGAUUAAAGACUUAUUCAUGGCAAAAAAAAAAAAACAAUUCAAUUAUGAAAAGAGUAAUAUUAUAUUUUGAAAAAUAGUUUUUCAUAACGUGCUGGAAAAGCAGUGAUUUUUUUUAGAUUAAUUUUCAAAAAAUAUUUAAUGUGAAAUAUGUAAAAUAAUUGUUAUAUAUUUAUGCUAUUUUGGUCUAAUCUGAACCAAAAUGUUCGGCGACUGUAGCGAUGCUUUUGCCAAAAAUUCUUUUCAGAUUUUGUGGAGAAACCUUGUCAAAACAAAAAGUUUUCUCUAUAAGGAAGUGAGUUUGGUUAAUGCCAAGCUUCGGGUAAAAAUUUUGUUCAAAUUAAAAAGUUUUCUAUACAAUAACUUGAUUUUGAUUGGAUAAUUUGUAUAACAGCUAUUGACUCUAGUUGUCCGAUGUCGGCGGUUCCAACAAAUAAGUAGCUGCUUGGUGAGAAAUGGACGUGGGUACAAUUUAAAAUUGAUAUCUCAAAAACUGAUUGACUAGUUCGCGUACAUACAGACAGGCGAACAGACAGGCGGACCUUAUAACAUAAUAUAAUAGGUUAUAUAAAUAUUCAAAGAUAUUCUACGUAUCCAUACUCCAAAACACGUAAAAUAUUGUAGACUAUGGGUCUUGAGCAGUUUCCGGAGUUUGUAAUUUUUUGUGUUAUAUGAAAAGAGAUUGUAGUUAUACACAAUUUAAAAACAGCGACUAGCUACUCAUUUGCCUAUAAUCAGUAGCCCGUUGCCAUACGCGGCACAAAUUUUGAUAUAUGGUUGCCCAGCGGCUACUAUAUUUGCGCUAGUUAUCAUACAUAAUAGCAUAAUACGAAGAGUUGAUAUAUAUAGAACCAUACAAGUACUGGUAGUUUUAAUAUAAUAUAAGGAGGUCUCCAUAGCAAACUCGUAAUAUUUUGUUUUAGUAAAAACUUAUUGGUAUGUUUAACUAAUUUUUGUAAUAUAAAUACACUUAUAUUCUUUACAUUCUAAAGACUUUAUUCGAAAAAGAGACUUCUAAAACGAAAGUUUAUGCACGAUAAAAAUUGUGCACCAAUAACGUUAUAAAACUUAUAUUUACUAUUCAAUUUCAAAUAUAUACAAGUAAUAGUUUACAUAUAGGUUUAUACGAAUUAAAAAAAAAACAUAUUCAGUUUGUUUUUUUAUAAGCAAAUAAUCGCAAUUUUGGGUUAACAUUCUUCAUAACCGCUUGUACAGAAUCUUAACUGAAGUCUUUGGUUACGUUUCGCCAUUUAUUUUUAAAUUGCCUUGCAUAUUUUUCAGCUUGUUUGGGUCUUUAAAAGUUUUUUUUUAAUAAUGGCCCAGUAAGUCUCAUUUGCCUGAGCUCUCGUCAAUUCGUAAGAUUCGGCUUUUUAGGAACAACAGCCACUCUUUUGCUUUGGUACCACUUUAAAGCAAUUUUUCUGUAAUGACAUGUCGCGAGAUCAGGCCAAAGGAGUACUGGGGCCUUAUGAAGCCUAAUUUAAGUAACAUAAAUUUCUUAAUUUAUACUUCCAUAGGCAAUAAAUGGUUGCCUUUUAAAGCCGCACUGACAAAUGACCGCCAAACAAACUAUUUUUUUGGAAAACUUUUUAAUUGUAUUUAAAACCGUUAGUUCGCUUAUGAAAAAUUUGUUGUGGUGGUUUAUUUUUGAGAGUCGAAAUGUUUGAAGGUCAGCAUUUCUGCUUAUAGAAAUAGUAAAAAUUGAGUUAGAAAAUUUCCCUUGACAAUAUGAUUUGUUGGAGUAAAUAAAGCAAAUUUUAAAAUAAAAAAAACACAAAACAUAACAUUAAAAUAUAAAAGCAAGGAUUAACUCUAAAUAUAGCUUUCUUGAGCUAUAGACUCAAAACUAAGACCACAGAAUACUCGCAUAUUUGAAAAUACCUAAAAAAUAACAAAACUAUUAUAACUACAAUAACUCGAACAUUUAUAUUUUUAAUGAGAUUUAGUAAAAAAGAGUUCAUACGGAGCAAAUUUUGUUUAUUUUUUAGCUUGAUAAUUAAAUCCAAUUCACACCUUCUACUUUUAGCAGCGCUCCACGACGACGCAAACACACUAUCAUAUCAAGUGAAAUUCACCAAAACAAAAGUACACAAACUAACUGUUAUGUAAUUGAUAAUUAUUAGCGAUUAAGCAGCCAAUGUCUAUGCGCAAAAAGCAUGAAAACUGUUUUUAAAAGCAGCACCGUUGUUAGCAAUAAGUAAAUAUAUGCGUACAAUUCAAUGUACGAGUAUGUACGCAUGUAUUAUAAGGUAUUAUAUGUACAUUUAUGGUAAUAUGAAAGUAAUUUUGACAAUACAAUUGAUUAUUGAUUUUUACAAUGCCAUAUAUUAUAUAUGCGUGUGUGCAAAAUGUUGAAAAUAUAUUUGAACAAAUAUAAAUUCAAAUCAAAAUCAAAAUAUUUGAAAUAUUUUAAAAUAAGUUAGUUAUAAGAAAUUUUAAUAUAAAUGUUAUAAUAAUAAACGCAUUGUCCUUACAGAGAAAUAAAGCGCUAUCUCUUAUAUAUAGUAGAUCUUCAAUUGCUUGAUUUUAAGAGUUUAGUAUGUAUAGCGAAAUAAAUAAAUGUAUGUGCUUCUUAUCGUCUAAGUAGCUAUAUAAAUGUCUAUUAUUAAAUUAGUAAGGUUAUUAUUAUGUUUUCCGAUUUUUAAUAUUUUCUUAUAUAUCUUUUGUGAUUUUUUUAUUCUUGUUAUAAUACCAAAACAUAUUUGUGCAAGUUAAAAAGCAAGUCUUAAUGCAGGAAAACAAAAUUUUACCAACAAAUUCUCGAAAUAUUAUUUUCGGUUGAAAUACUCAGCAAAAACUUACGACAGCUCAGUACAUAUAACUAAAAUAUACUUUGUUAUACAGCACAGCUACACACGAGGCCAAUAUAUCUAUACAAGCGAUUUCCAACUUUUCGAUAGCAUUUUUGUAGUAAACCCAAAAUAGGUACCACUCGUAGUGAUUAGUCACUUAAUUUCGUUUCAGCGAGCAUUAACUUAAUGGCUUAGAACAGAAAAAGUCGGUGGGACUUAGAUUGCGAGAAUUUGGUGGAUGACAGUGCGGAAUCUAUUUUAUGGAUCUUUUUUGACUUUGUACAUCGUAUUUAAAGUUCUUACGGCAACCACUUUUCAUAGAGUUUUUAAAUACUCAAAUUUGCAUUAACCAAUUGUAAAUCACAUUCCUAUUAGCUACCUGUAUCAACUUCAUUUUAAAAUCACCUAAAAUCCUUUUGUCGAUUUUUUGACGAUUUUAUUCGUAACAGCCUCUUUGGGCAUCAUCCACUGGGUUCAAGGUCUUUGUUGUUCGUGUAAUCUGUACGUAAUUUAGCAAUCACUAACGAGCAAUUGCUCCAACUAGUACAGAGUUUGAAUAAGACUUAUUAACCCACUGACUGGUAUCAGCAGCAUUUUUUCCAUUAAACCAGCUUUUUAUCAAAUCCAAAAUUCGUCUAAUUUGUACGUUAAGUUUACCUAAAAACAUAUGAAUCAUAUAAGCGGUCUUCGAUUGGUUAUUUCUCUGCUCUCUUGUCAAACAUGUAUGUAUGAAAGCAACAACAAAGUUAUCGAGUUGAAUUUAAGUAGCAGAGUAUGCGGAUACCUUAUUGAAUUGUUAUAACUUCUAUCUUCAAUGCUGCCAAGUUGUGUUUUGAAUAUUUUAGCUCACUAUUACUAUUGAGAAUGAUUCAAAUGGUAUAUGAAAUUACCAAUUUUAUUUUUAAACAUAAAUCAAUCAUAAUAAUUUAUUGAAAAGCAAAAUAAGUGAUUGCAGCAACGUUUUUUAACGUGAAAAAAAGAGUUACUCCACUAAGAAAGAAUCACAGCACCAUUGCGCAUGCGUUAGAAGAUAUGUUAGCGCAGGGUUGCACCACAAGUGCUGCCCGUUUGUUUGAGCAACUGAUAUAGUUUGUUCGAUCGCUGCAGAGUAACGUUUGGAGAAUAGAACAUAGCUAUAACUACCUUCUUUGUUUGGUUUUUAUAUUGAAGCUGCUCUUAAAAAUAUUCCCCAUUAUACAUCUUAAAAUAAAGCAUUCUCGAGCUGUCGUUGAUAGGCCAAUAAUUGAAAAAAAACGCUGAGGAAAUUACAAAUUCAAAGAAUCAAGGCUCAUUGAACAGGUGGAAUUACUAGAACAAAAACAACAAUCCAAAAUAUAUUUAGUUAUGCUUUAAGUAAUUGAAAUAAAAAAAUUACCUUCCAAAGCAAAAAUACUUAAUCCAAUAAUAAAAUUGAAUGAUUAUGAGGAUAAUUAAGAAUUCAAUAUAUUAUCAAUUAGACGGCUCACUGACACUUCCACGUCAGUGUGCCUUAAGAAGAGUUCUUCUCUAUUCGCUCUCCACUCGCCGAAGCCAAUGUCAAGCCCCGAACAUACAUAUACAAUUAAGAGUUUGUAAACGCCUAUAAUUGACUCGUAACGCAAAUAGAGUGAAAAGUAUAAUGUUUUGAAAAGCUUCGAAUACUCUCCUGGUCCAUAACUCCACCCCUUUAUACUAUAAAAUUGCAUUUCCGAUUAAUUUCGGACAUUAUCGAUGGAUGCCAAUAAAAUUUUCUCACCAAGAUUUGUCAGAACCGUCGUUAUCAGACCACUACAGCCUAUAGCUGCCAUACAAACUGAGAAAUCAAAAUAAAGUCUGUAUAUGGUCAUUUUUUUUAAUCGACAAUAAUCUGUGGACCUCUAUGUCAUAUAGCUGUCAUACAAACUGACUUAUCAAAAUCUUUUCAUACUCUUUUAUGCCAUAAAAGAAUGCACUUGUGAAGGGUAUUAUAGCCUCGAUGCAGCCGAAGUUAGCGUUUUUCUUGUAUUAUUUUAUUCUAAAAAUUUUUAAUUUUUUCACUUGGUGGCAAUAUGUCAAAAUAUUUCAUAAGUUAUAAUUAUUUUUUCUUAUUAACUUCAUAAACUCUCUUUUAUAUCGUAAAACUAAUAAUUAAGAUAUCAACAAGAAAAUAAACUUAACUCUUUUCUCUACACAACUGUCUUAUACAAGUAUAUGUGGCUAUGCAACAGACAUAAGUAUUUUGCCCGACAAUGUAUAUACCUACAUAAUAUAUGACUUAUUAUAUAAGCAUACACAUGUACCUAGAGAAAAGUAUCUAACUAAGUAACUAUUUUAUUUAAAAUUUAAUUCUCGACAUAUUCAUAAUUGCACAUAUCCUCGAAGUCAGCGUACAUAUGGAUGUGUACCUAAUACUAUGUAUGUAUGUGUACCUAUACAUAUCUACCAAUGUAUGAGUGUCACAGCAAAGCAAAAGGAAAGCUUACGUACAUAUAGACAAAUGAAUGAACUUUUAAUUAUGCACACACACAUACAAACAUAGUUUGAAAACAAUAUAACUGUAAAAUGUAUAAGUGUAGAGCCAAAGAAAUACAUAUGUAUGUAUGUUAUAUUUGCCUAAAAAUGUGAAAAUGCUGUUAAAUAAAAUGCCGUUACAGAUAUAUAAUAUAUAUAUACAUACUUGUAUACACAUAUACACUUAAAUAGUUAGGUAAAAUAAAAUUUUACAUUUGUCAACGACACAAACCGGAAACGACAGAACAAAAGCAAAAACAAACAAACAACAAAUAUUUGCAUACAAAAGUCCAAGAGGAAGAGCUCUCCUUAUUUUCUCUAUAUUUGAAAACAACAACAAUAGUGUCACUUCUUUUUUAAUGCAAAUACGAAUAGGCUAUUAGGAAUACACCAGCGACUAAACUUGCAUGUUCGUAUGUGUAAUUAUGUAAAUGUAUGCGUGUUACUAAGAAAUCUGUAAAAAGUAAAGAUUGUAAAAAAAAAGCUGGGAAAAUAAAGUAAGAAUGAAUAAAU